AUGGUUAUCCCGCCGCGGUCCGCACUCUGGGGUAGCCCUUAUGGGAGAAAGGGAUCGUCCCGACCUAGGAUAAGAUUCUUAAACGCUGUCGCUGCAUCGCCAUCGCCACAUCGCUAUCGCUUAUCACCACAUCGCUAUCGCUUAUCACCACAUCGCUAUCGCCACAUCGCUAUCGCUUAUCACCACAGCGCUAUCGCCACAUCGCUAUCGCCACAUCACCACAUCACCACAUCGCCACAUCGCCGCAUCGCUAUCGCCACAUCGCCACAUCGCUAUCGCCACAUCGCCACAUCGCCACAUCGCUAUCGCCACAUCGCCACAUCGCUAUCGCCACAUCGCCACAUCGCUAUCGCCACAUCGCCACAUCGCUAUCGCCACAUCGCCACAUCGCCACAUCGCUAUCGCCGCAUCGCUAUCGCCACAUCGCUAUCGCCACAUCGCCACAUCGCUAUCGCCACAUCGCUAUCGCUUAUCACCACAGCGCUAUCGCCACAUCACUAUCGCAACAUCACCACAUCACCACAUCGCCACAUCGCCGCAUCGCUAUCGCCACAUCGCUAUCGCCACAUCGCCACAUCGCUAUCGCCACAUCGCCACAUCGCUAUCGCCACAUCGCCACAUCGCCACAUCGCCACAUCGCCACAUCGCUAUCGCCACAUCGCCACAUCGCUAUCGCCACAUCGCCGCAUCGCUAUCGCCACAUCGCCACAUCGCCACAUCGCUAUCGCCACAUCGCCGCAUCGCUAUCGCCACAUCGCCAUCGCCACAUCGCCGCAUCGCUAUCGCCACAUCGCUAUCGCCACAUCGCCACAUCGCCACAUCGCUAUCGCCACAUCGCCACAUCGCCACAUCGCUAUCGCCACAUCGCCGCAUCGCUAUCGCCACAUCGCUAUCGCCACAUCGCCACAUCGCUAUCGCCACAUCGCCACAUCGCCACAUCGCUAUCGCCACAUCGCCGCAUCGCCACAUCGCCACAUCGCUAUCGCCACAUCGCCACAUCGCUAUCGCCACAUCGCCACAUCGCUAUCGCCACAUCGCUAUCGCCACAUCGCCACAUCGCUAUCGCCACAUCGCCGCAUCGCUAUCGCCACAUCGCUAUCGCCACAUCGCCACAUCGCUAUCGCCACAUCGCCACAUCGCUAUCGCCACAUCGCCACAUCGCCACAUCGCUAUCGCCACAUCGCCACAUCGCUAUCGCCACAUCGCCGCAUCGCUAUCGCCACAUCGCCACAUCGCCACAUCGCUAUCACCACAUCGCCACAUCGCUAUCGCCACAUCGCCACAUCGCUAUCGCCACAUCGCCGCAUCGCUAUCGCCACAUCGCUAUCGCCACAUCGCCACAUCGCUAUCGCCACAUCGCCACAUCGCCACAUCGCCACAUCGCCACAUCGCUAUCGCCACAUCGCCACAUCGCUAUCGCCACAUCGCCACAUCGCUAUCGCCACAUCGCCACAUCGCUAUCGCCACAUCGCCACAUCGCUAUCGCCACAUCGCCGCAUCGCUAUCGCCACAUCGCUAUCGCCACAUCGCCACAUCGCCACAUCGCUAUCGCCACAUCGUCGCAUCGCUAUCGCUUAUUGCCGCAUCGCUACCGCCGAAUGGCUAUCUACGUUGCCCAUGCAAUUACCGUGA